GACUCCUCUUCUGAGAAGAAAGCUACCGUAACACAGCAGACAAUGUCUUCAAGGUUAGACAGACUGCUAGUACUGCUUGACACAGGAUCCACUGCUGUAGUAAGGUCAGCAGCAGCUAAACAGCUGGGAGACAUCCAACAAUCCCACCCUCGUGAGCUGCAGAACCUUCUCCAGCGGGUUUAUGUGUAUCUGAAGUCUAAGACGUGGGAGAGUAGAGUUGCUGCUGGGGAGGCUAUCACAGCUAUUGUUCAGCAUGUUCCUCUGUGGGGCAACUGUAAAGUGGAAGAGGAACAGUGUGGAUACCUAACAUUCCAAACCUUCUCACUGGAAGAUGUCAUGAGGCAUGGUACCCCACUACUGGCUAGUGUCGGAACCGAGUUCGAUUCUCAUUUAGCGGACCAACCAGGACAGAAACAGCGGCUAUCUAAAGAGCUGGGCUUAACAGUGGGUAAUGUUCAGCUAUCAGAUGAUCUGUUUAAUGACGAGGAUCUGGUUCAAGCUCCUCCUCCUCCUCCUGCUAACAUCAAACCUGAGGACCUCAAGAGGAGUAUAAAUAGUUUACUGAACGGUGACGAGACCUUAUCGGCAAGGGAAAGAAAUAAAGCUAAACGUAAAGCUAAACAGUUAUCUCGUCAAAACAGCCUCAGUGGACCAAGGGAAGGUUUAAAACGUCAGAAGACAGCAGAGUGCCCUGGUUCCCCAACAGAUGGCUCCCUGGAAUGGAGCAGCCCGGACUCUACUGAAUGGCCCCUGGUUACUCUUGUUCAGUAUUUGUUAGACGAUGUUCUCAGUACGGAGUGGGAACUCAGACACGGAGCUGCUAUCGGGCUCAGGUCGAUAGUGAGGAAGCACAGAUACACUAAACACUGGCUAGUAGAUGUGGCACUCAGACUGGUUACUGUUCUUGCUCUGGAUAGGUUCGGGGACUACGUCUCUCACGAGGUAGUAGCACCAGUGCGAGAAACAACAGCCCAAGUGUUAGGUAUAAUAUCCUCCCACCUCCCUAUAGAGGACAUGUUGCUGCUACAAGGACUCUUCCUACAACUGCUGGGGAGUGGGGAGUGGCAGGCUCGACAUGGUGGGCUACUAGCUAUAAAGUACCUGCUAGCUGCUAGACAGGAUAUAACGCCACAGUUUCUAACGGCUCUGUUACCACAUGUUAUUAAGAGUGUUAGUGAUGAUGAUGACGAUGUGAGGGCGGUUGCGGCUGCUGCGCUUCUUCCUGUGGCUGCCAAUUUACCGGAGAAAGUUCCAGAAGAUCUGAUAUUCGCUCUAACUGACAAAUUGUGGACUUCCCUGGUUGUUCUGGAUGACCUCAGUGCCUCUACUAGCUCGAUUAUAACUUUACUUGCUGAACUUCUCAAACAUAAACACAUUUGCGAUUAUUACAAUUCCGGGAAAAGUGGAGAUAGUUUAGACCUGCUGGUCCCACGGUUGCGACCAUUUAUGUCACAUACCAUAAGAUCGGUACGAAGAGACAGCCUGCUAGCUCUGCAUGUCUUGUUACAAAUCAGAGGUUCCUGGGUCGAUAAGAUUGCCCCGCUCUUCGCUAGAGUUCUCUAUCAGCGGAUAUUUCUAGAGGCUGAGGAUUCUUUCCACCCCCUCCUAAUCAAGGUCUGGGACGAACUGUUCGCUGCCACAUCUGAAGAUUGUGGUAAGAAGAUCGUAACUGACCACCUUCCUCUUUGGUUCCACUUGCUUGGGGCUCCCCCUGGCCUUACUCUUGAUGCUAGUCUUUUCUUCAAGCCUCCCACAGUCGCAGCACUAAGUGUCCCAAUGGGUCCCCGAGAGUUUACUCUGAAAUGCAGCCUUGUUGAAGUGCUGGCUAGUGCCGCUCAAGUUACCGACUUUGCCUUAUUCACUCCGCUUAUCGCUGGCAUGUUGGACUCGGGCUGUGCUUCCCACAAAAAGGGUGCAUGCUUGGUGUUGCAGCAGUUAAUAGAACGGUGUAAAGUAAACAAAGAAUCUAUCCCUGAACUGACUUCAAAGGUCACCACCCUGCUGACCAGCCCCAUGACAUUUGAUGAGUUACUGGCAGUGAAUCAAAACCUACAGAUAGCAUGUAGGGGUCUCUUAUCAUCAGCUAAAGAUAAGCCAAGUGUGCAGCAGUUCACUGCCCUGCCUAACUUCUCAGUGGAAAAUGCUUUCGCUCUCGUACAAACAUGCAGACAAGCAGGUCACGUGAGCACAGAAGUUAGUGUGGUCGAGGCAGUUUCCCAGAGUUUCAGUACCUCAAGUAUCGUGCUCUCCACCAGAGUUUACAGUGCUCUAGCGGGGACCAUGGUACGGUUGGGGGUACUUCCUCCAAAACUGAAUCCUGUAAUUAAACCUAUCAUGGAUUCUAUUAAACGGGAGACUUCAGAAGAACUCCAGAUAUGUGCAGCACAUAACCUACUCCACCUCAUACUGCUCGUCAAGGACCGGUCACCCUGCCCUACAUCUAAAAUUAUCAAAAAUCUCAUAUCUGGAUUGUUAGAGGACAGAGUGUUAUACCCGAAUGUUGAGUCCAGUUCUAAUCCUUUUCUCUUUACUCAACUAAGCAACCACGCCGGUAACAUGACCCCUGCAGCAGGAGCAGGAUGCUGCACCCCCACUACCCCCUCUACCCCUCUCACUGCUCCUGGAGACAUCAUGAGCCAACUUGCUACCCUCACCAAGUUCGAGGGCAUGAUCAGCUAUGUUAGCCAUGCUUGCUCCAUUGGUAGUAAAUCGGGUAAAGGAAGGGGAUCCAAGAAAGAUCCUGUACCGGAACAAGAUCAGACGACCAACAUACAAGAGACUACGAGGAGGGGAUGUGGUAUUGCACUGUCUCACCUAGCUAGAGAACUGGGGGAAAGGUUGCUGGAUCUGUUAGACGUUCUCGGGAAGGAGGUGUUCAGUGUGUUAGAGGUGGAGCUGGAGGUAACGCAGGGGGAGGAGGUCCAGCUCAAAAACAAGGUGAUAACAGGAUUAUUUGUCUUGGAACGACUCUACUCCUCCCUGCACGUGACUCUACAGCAGAGACUGCUAAAGAGACUCGGCACUUUAUCUUCUCUCCUGGUUGACAGAUACACUGCAGUGAGACAUGCUGCUGCUAGAGUCCUUACAACCCUCGCCAAACACAAUACUGUGGAUGUAAUGAACCAUUUACUAAGUGAUACUAUCAGAGAACUGGACAGUUCUGAUAGUCACAAGCGUCAAGGCGUCACAGAGUGUAUUCAUUCCAUCGUCAAGAAAUUAGACCUGAAAGUUGUCCCCUAUGUCGUGCUGCUGGUAGUGCCCAUGUUACGGAGAAUGGGGGACUCUGCUCCUGACAUCAGGUCUCUUGCUACCCUCACCUUCGCUCAACUUGUUAAACUCAUGCCACUGGACGCAGCAAAGGGAGAGGUGAAGGGCUUGUUGGAGGAACUGGCAGUGGAGAAGGUCAAACAGAAGCAUUUCUUAGAGCAACUUAUGAAUCCAAGUCUGAUCAAGGAUUGUGAAGUUCCGAUAAAGAUAGAUGCCAAACUUCGUAAAUAUCAACAGGACGGAGUUAACUGGUUGUGGUUCCUGUGUCAGUUCGGACUUCACGGUAUCCUUUGUGAUGAUAUGGGGCUGGGGAAGACGCUUCAGACGUUGUGUAUUAUUGGAACUGCUCAUCACAACCGACUCAACUCUCAUCCGGAGGAGAAAGCACUACCUUCUCUAGUGGUAUGUCCCCCGACCCUGAUAGGGCACUGGUACUAUGAGACCCAGAAGUUUGUCUCCUCCACUGACCUGUCCCCUAUAAUGUACCACGGGACUGCUGCAGAACGGAUACUACUACAAGCUGUAGUCCGUUCUCGAAAACACGACCUAGUCAUCUGCUCGUACGACGUGCUCCGCAAUGAUUUCGAGUUCUUCUCAACCCUCAAGUGGAAUUACUGUGUUCUUGACGAGGGUCAUGUCAUAAAGAACAGUAAGACGAAAGUUUCUCAAGCUAUCAGAGGAAUGCAGGCAUUACACAGGCUGAUACUAUCUGGUACACCGAUACAGAACAAUGUUUUAGAGCUCUGGGGACUAUUCGACUGGCUUAUGCCUGGUUUCCUGGGCAGUGAGAGGCAGUUUAAUGAGACGUACAGUAAACCUAUAAACCUGUCACGUGAUGCAAAGUCCUCCACCAAGGAUCAGGAGGCUGGAGCCCUCGCUAUGGAAUCCUUACACAGACAGGUGUUGCCGUUCUUACUGAGACGGAUGAAAGAGGACGUGUUGCACGAUCUCCCUCCCAAGAUAAUACAGGACCACUACUGUACCCUCACUCCCCUACAGAAAGAACUAUACGAACAGUAUUCAGAGUCUGUUGAGUCCGCCGAUCUCAAGUCAGAGUCUGAGGUUCACGUCUUCCAGUCUUUGCAAUUCCUCAGAAAGAUAUGUAACCACCCCAUCUUGAUACUGCCCAAAACGCACGAGAAAUACCCCAAGUUGGAAGGUGCUGACAGUUAUACUUACAGUGGUAAACUCAUGGCUCUCCAUCAGCUCCUUCUCGACUGUGGCAUCGGUUCCCAAGUGGUGUCGCCCCACAGAGCGCUGGUGUUCUGUCAACUGAAGAGCAUGCUGGAUGUGGUAGAGAGGUUCCUCCUUAAAGCGCAGAUGCCUAAUGUAUCCUAUCUUAGAGUGGAUGGAUCGACCCCAGCAGCGGAGAGGGUACCUCUGGUCAACAAGUUCAAUUCGGACCCUUCCUACGAUCUGCUACUGCUCACCACUUCUGUGGGGGGUCUUGGUCUCAAUCUUACAGGAGCGGACACUGUGAUAUUUGUUGAACACGAUUGGAAUCCUAGUAAAGAUCUUCAAGCUAUGGAUCGAGCUCACAGAAUCGGACAGAAGAAAGUUGUUAACGUUUACAGGCUAAUUACCAAAGACACUCUCGAAGAGAAAAUAAUGGGACUUCAAAAGUUUAAAAUGAACAUUGCUAACUCAGUAAUAACAACAGAAAACUCUUCACUGCAACAAAUGGGUAACUCCGGAUUACUGGAUCUAUUCAAUGGUAAAGAUUCUGUCGAAAAGAAGAAUAAGAAGACUGAUCAGUCUAAGAAAGGUCUGGCGGGUGUGUUGGAUGACCUGGGUGAUCUCUGGGAAGAUGAUGAGUACGAGAGGGAGUACGAUAUCAGAAGUUUCCAGGAGUCCCUUCACGGGGAGAAGAAGGAAGAAAUCAGCUAAGGAAGAUUCUUAGUUUUAGCUGCUUCUUUUUUGAGAAGAUUUAUAAUUUUUAUUUUACUAUUUCUUCCUUUCUGUGAAGAUUUUUUAGUCC